AUGAACGAUACUUAUGGAAUCGCCACCGCCCUCACUGCCUCAGAGCCAGCCUGUGGGCCAGCCUGUGGGCCAGCCAGCGAUGAUGAAGAUCCACUCUGCGGCCUUUUCUCCGAUGAUGAUGAUCGUGGCAUGCCAGAUGUUGAUACCUAUUUUGAUUCUGACGAAACGUCCCGUCAGCGAAUGUGCUCCCCUUGGGCCGGCAAAAAUAGCCAUGAAAAAUCAAGGACGAAUACACGAGCUACCACCGUCUCGGCCGACGCCAUUCGUAAUUCUCUCAUAUGUACCAGUUUCCCCGAUGAACACAAGGGCGCUCGACAGGGCCAUGUGUCGUCUGGCAAUAGGGGCUGGAAUGACCAAAUGUACGAUGAGGAGAUACCGGAGACUCAGGCUCCCUGCUUUCAAGACAGCCAAGAUCAAGCGAUCCUUAGGGAUGCUGGUACCAAUGACAGUAUUUUGCAUGAGACCCUUAAUGAGAGAACCACGCUGGCCAUGUCGCUACCCUCACCACCUGCACGGCAUUCUUCUAAAGAUGUGGAAUCCGCCCUGCGAACCAUAAACCCUCAUACACCGGCAGAGCCUGGAGCCUCUGAAGAUACGCCGAUCAUAAUCACCGAUGACACCCUGUGCUUGGAAGACGGGACCACCACCAGGGGCGAUUCCAAGGUGUCUUUGGAACGCAUGGUCAAGCAAGAGCAUGGAUCGGAAGAAGAUGAUGCAGUCCCCCUCAUUCGGGCGUCCAAACGCAAGCGUGAACAUGCAUCCAGGCUAGAGGGUGGUGAAUACAACACCAUCGAGGUGGUUGAUAUGACCUGCACGACCAACGAUACUGCUCGCAAACCAAAGCGGCCAAAGAGGGACAUUCCACCGAUCUCCCCUGCUGAACAUCAUGGCACGUCAAGGGGCAGCCGUCCGCUGAAUGGAAGCAGCCUGGUUUGGCAAUACAGAGGCCUCAUCGGCUAUGAGGUGAGAGAUGGAAAACCAUUCGUUCGCGUUGCGUGGCACUCCACCUGGGAGCCCGCAGACGAGUUCCCCCUUGACGAGAUCACCCUCCUGAACACGUUUUCGGAGCCAGUGCUCCUGUCGACGUGGCGUAGACUCAGAGAGUGUGUGCGGCCGAGUGUCAGUCCAGGUCUGGGUGAGAAAACCGAGGUGAUCCGGUGCGGGCAGAGCAAGAGGAGGAAGGGAUAUGGAGAAAGGCCGCGGCGAUGGACUCUCAAGGAGGAAACACCUACUGGGUAUGCUCAAGGAGCGGCGGUGCUGCGCCAGCGGCACUCGAUACUUAGAAACAAAGACGCGGAGAGAGGCGCUCAUUCGAAGGAACCCGCUGCUGCCACACCCGCGCUACCAGUUGUGAUAAGAUAG